AUGGAACGGAUGGUAACUGAGGGUGUACCGAAUCGAUUUGGCGUACAGCGAUUUGGCAAUAAAAACAACUCACAUCUGAUUGGCAAAGCACUCGUGAAAGCAGAGUGGGAAACGGUAGUGCGUUAUAUGCUCACAGAUGAUCGGUUGCGUAAGUUGUAUUUGUCGGCGUAUCAAGCGCACCUCUUUAACAGCGUUUUGGAGAAGCGGAUGCCCCAUUUAAGCAAGCUUCUUGAGGGCGACAUUGCUGUGAAACAUAGCAACGGCGCACCCUUCCUCGUUGGGGAUCCUGCAGUUGAACAACCGCGGGCAGAUGUGUUUGAGAUUAGUCCGUCCGGACCAAUCUUCGGGUACAAGAUGCGAAUGCCCAUUGGCGAUGUCCUCGUGCUGGAGACAUCGAUCCUGGCAGAUGAAGGGGUUCGUCUUGAAAAGUUUCGUAAGGUUGUGGGGAUUCGGUUACCGGGGACCCGUAGACCUUUACGGAUGCCGAUACAAUUGCAUGAGGUCUCUGCUGUUGAUAGCGGUGCCGGAAUACGCCUCAGUUUCACGCUCCCCGCGGGUGGAUAUGCAACGGUGGUGGUGGAAGAACUCUUGGCAACUAUACAGCCUUCUAAGGGAAUUUAG